AUGGAUUCAUCCGCCGAGAACGGCGCCCAUAAAAGUCAAAAAGAAAUGAGCAGCACUUGUGCAGUACUCUAUGGUCUUCGGUAAGCAGUGAAUACAACAGGCCGCUUGGCCAACUAUCGACUGGUGGGCGCGUCUCCUCUCCACACUAGCCGGCGUCUCGCACACGACGCUCUAGCGCACCGCGCGCACUCCGCCUCGCGCGCACUCUCUCGCCGCCCGUCUCUCCGCUCGUCGCUCUGCGUCUCGCCGUCUGUCGCACACGCUCACCGCUCUCUCGUCGUUUCUGCGCGCUCACACAGCCCGCCGGCCACGUCGCACAAUCGCACACACACAAAUAGGCACGCGACGCGACCGCGCCGCGCCACUCUCUCGUCGCGUCGUCGUCGUCGCCGCGGGGACGAAUAUCGUCGGGCGCGCGGCGGUCGCGUCGCGGCGCCUCGUGAAUUUGUACGGAAACGCAGAAGAGGAAUUCAGUUGAAACACUAUUUUUUGCCAGUUUUUCUCGAUUUUUGGCCGAAAAAACAUUGGAAAAGUGAGAGAAAACUUGAAAUUUGUGAACUUUCUGCGCGGAGACGUGCUUUUAUAACCCGAAAUUGUCGAUUUUCCCUCGAAUUUGUAUAGAUCAAACAUUUUAUGAUCAAACUUCUUUUAAAAUAUUCUUCUUGUGCAGGCAGCUCAACAUGGAAGACGAUAACAAUCGUAUAGAUGAAAGUGAGAUCGCUGAGGUGAUUUCUAGGGGAAAAUGAAAAAAAAGCUAAAUUUUUUCCAAAAAUUUCAGAUAAUUGAAAUUGACGAGGAGGGCGAGAUGAAGUACGCGAGCGACGAUGACGAGGAUCAGCAGAGCACCUCGAAGUAUGCUUUUUCGCACAAGCUUCGAAAUUAUUUUCAUAUUUAGCGCCGACGUACCGGCCGAGAUCGUCGACGACUCGCUGCUCUCGCUUCAGGCGCACGCGCAGGACUGCUUCGCCAUCGCUCUCGCCUCGAAUCGGUGGCUGGCGACGGGCGGCGAGGACGACGUCGCGUUCCUCUUCGAUCAGAGCGUCUCCGACUCGGAGCCAGUCCUCAAGAUCGAGCACAAGGACUCGGUCACUUUUGUAGCGUUCAACAAUGCCGAAACGCUGCUGGCCACCGGCGAUUUGAGCGGAAAGAUUCUCAUUUCCGAGCUGGCCACCAAGAACGUUCGCGCCGAGGUAUUCACUGCUUUUUUCCCGGAGAAACACGAGAAUUUUCGCGCGAAAACGGCUCUUUUACUGUAAAAAGACUAAAAUGUGCACAUUUUUAUCGCAAAAAUGUCCGACGUGGCCGUGGACUAGUUCGUGUUUCUCUUCCAUCUGUGCAUGAGGCAUUUGAAUUAUUCUCAACAGAGCGCGUUCACAUUAAAAUACCCCGAUAGUAGAGAAAGAAAAAGGAAAAGUUGAAAAAUGAAGCCCCGCCCGUUUUCAGUGCUGCCGGACAGUUCAGUUUAGAAAACUGAACGAAAAAGGGCAGGGCUUCCUCAAAAAAGUGAGAAAAAAUUGCAGAUCGAUGAGUGCAACGAUCUGGAAUGGAUAAAAUGGCAUCACACGGCCGACAUCCUGUUCGCCGGCGACAAAGACGGCAUUCUGUGGAUGUGGCUGAUCGGAAACAAUGGAAUUGCGCAGUCGAAGGUUGGUAGCAUCUUGUUGGGACACCAGUUGACCCCUGGACUGGAAAAGAGAGCCCCUACCUACCAUCUGCCCCCACCCCGCCUCGGUCAUUUUUAUAUGAGUGGUGGUGGGUCUGCCAACAUCUGUCGGCGUGUCUUUACUGUAAUAUACGACCUUUUGACCUUGGAAAGAAGGCAGAGCUGUUAUGAACCAAUCGUUAUCUUUGUUUAGAUAAUUUUCAUGGAAUGUGACCAAUUGAUGAAAUGUACAAAAGAUUCGGCUUGGUUUAUACAAAAAUGACGGUUGGAAAUUGUACCUACAGUGAUUUUUCUGUAAACCGAGCUGAGUCUGUUGUCCGUUUCAUCAAUUUGUCAUAUUCCAUGAAAGAUUUCUGUGGAAACCCCGAAAACGUGAUCUCUUGAUCUCUCUGGUUCACAGAUUCUCAGUUUCCCAUGGCAUUUGUUUACUCAAUAUACCUGUGUACCGAGUCACACGCCCGACAAAUCUAUAUUCAGCUGGUUUCCGUAGAAUUUGAGUACAUUUUUUUUUCAUGGAAUCAAUUCAGGUGAUAUAACAGGGAAAAGCUGAAAAGAAAUUCUGAGAAGGGGGUUUUUGAGCUCGUAAAUCGUGUUCGUUUCGAGAGCCGACAUGCACUUUUAGCUAAUUCAAAUCCCCCCAGAUGAUUUUUGGCGGGCAUUUAAACUAUUUAUUACCAUGAACACGAUUAAUGAGUUACCUACUGGUAAGCUCCGCCCCUUUUUUGUGCGAUUCUUGACCUUUUCGGCAGGUUCUCUGAUUUCAAGGCUCUUGUUUACCCCGACGUCGUCUCCUUCUCCUUCAUCAUCAUCAUCGGAGGGCACUUCUGCCGCUGACGGCUCUUUCUCUCUCUCUCUCUCUCUGUCCGGCUCAGAAUUGGACUUGCGAGUGAGAAAUCUUGUAAAAAGAGCGGCCAACGGCCGGUCUCCGUGUCUCUCCGUCUCUUUUCCCUACUUCCGUCGUGUUCUCUGGCCCGCCGUCCGCCUCUCACGCACUCUCCGACUGGUCACUUGUCUGCGUCUCCGUGUCUCUCGUCGCUCCGUCGCGCUCUCUAUCCGGUUCUCUCUCCCUCUCGCCGUUGCACAACAUGCAGAGAGUGAGGGAAAAGUGACAGCGGCACACCGCCCCGGGGGUUUUGACGAGCGAAACGAUGGCUUCGAGGGACCUACACGAUGAGAGCCGCUUCUCUUCCGCUUCACCUCUCUUCUCCCUCUUUCUCUGCUCAAAAAAGGAGCUGAGAGGGAAAUUGCUAUUUUCGAGGGGGGCUUUCCAUUCUAUGAAUAAAACAUUAGUUUGCUGACUGACUUGUGUGUGUGUGUGUGUGUGUCAAAUACUUGUUGGAAAAGAGAGGAAAGAAUACAUAGCAGGGGUGCUGUCGAAUUUUUUGGCCACACAGCGUAAUUAGGGUAGCAGUUUUUCGUAGAAUGUGAAAAAUGAACUCUGCUCAUGAAAAAAUGCAUGUAAACAUACGCACAUCACUUUUUUUGUAGAGAAAGCUAUGUUUGCAAUUAUUUGUUGUACAUUUCGUUGGCCGAUACCGUAAUAUCCGGCAACGCAUUCAGACUUUCCGAGUUCAGCGGCCUAUUUGUAAGCCUGAAAGUAAACGGCGCACAGUCUUCUCCUCCUCUGUGGCCCGAAAGUAAAUUUGCUUUCGGGUUGUUUGUUGGGCGGUGGCGGCGAAAUUUUAUAGUGCAGCGCUCCUUUCUCCUCCUAUUUGAAAGAGUCUGAGUGACUGGUUGCGAGGCGGGUCUCUCUCUCUCUCUCUCCCCGAUGACCCCCUCUGUUUCCACACAAGUGUCGCCUUGUCGACUGGUCGCGUGAUAACGGUCGUUUGCUGAUGUUUACGUGUUGUGUUCACUUGAAAGUCAUCAAAGCUCAUGCGUGGGCCAGGUGUUUCGGCGGACACGAUUAGAACAUCGUGUAAAGGACACAUUAAUGACUAGUACUAGGCGAAAGCGAAAGUACAAUGGAUCGAGAAGAAGUAGUUUGUUGUCGCCUCCGCUCGGAGCCACACAAAGAGCCCGCUAUUGUCCAGUGAACAUUGUCGACGACGACGACGACGAAAAAGUUGGACGAAUGACGUGUGCGAUCAUAGAUUUGGUUGUCAUGGAAAUGGUUUUUCGUAAACAGCCGACGCCGUUUUGCUGUUUUCGCUUCGAGAGCCCUCCAAAUUGAAUUCGUCGUCGUCGUCGUCGGCUGCGUGAGUCUCUAAUCCGUAGAACUUGUGCGCGUGCGCAAGGGAUGUGCUAUUCACGAAGGAUAAUCCGCGAGCAGAUGGCGACGUCCUCGUCUUCGUUUUCGUUUUCGUUUCAUUUUUUAUGAGACGGGGGGGCAUCUGCGCGCGCGCGCGGCACACACUAUAAUUAGUGGAAAUGAGGGAGGAGGAAAGAGCUAUUGAAGGGUUCCGGGCUGGGCCCCCACUCUAUUGUCUGAUGGGACAGGCUUUGUUUGGAAUAUUUAGAUUGCAAAUUUCAGGCCGAUUCGAUGAUCUGGAAUGGGGAUAUAUAUAGUUAAUUUACAUCUGCGAUAAAGUGAUUUGAAGUCGAAAAACUCGCAUUUUUCGCAAAACUAUCACCAGAUCAGCUAAUCCAAUCGGCCUGAAACUUUCAAGAUGCAUAAUGCACUUUUGCACUUACUUCCCUCGCCAAGAGAAAGAACAGUACAAAGUAUCGCUGCGGGGUGGUAUGUACACACUUGUUGACACCCCUUUCCGCUCCGCUCCGUACUAUCUCGAGUAUGCAUCUAGUCUAUGUAUUAUUCAUUAUCAUGUGAUCAUGAUCGCAAGAGUGGGAAAGAGGAAGAGAGAUAGCGGUUAGAGAUAAGAAGCGUUUUUGGCGCCAAAGUGGAAAAAUUCGAAUGGCUGCUUGCAGGUCUACUCUGGAAACGGCGCCUCGUGCACGGCCGGCUGUUUGAUGCCGGAUGGAAAGCGCAUUCUGGCCGGAUAUUCGGAUGGAAUCGUCCGUAAGUCAGCUGGAUUAUCAUGAGUCCCGAACGAAUCCCCUCGUACAUCCGCUUUUUUUGGACUGAGCACGCGGUCCAAAUGGAGAAAGGGGACAAUAUCUGAUAGAAAAGGGGUGAACGUUUUUGAGAAGUUUCUUAUCUUAUAAAAGACGCGGUGAAGGACACUACUACAAGCAUUUUGAAGGCGAGAACAGCAAAAAUGACUGGAAAACUUUAACGGAAUAUUUCUGUUUUAUUUCUGGACGAAUUUUGCCCGUUGUUGGCUCAAAAUGUGCGCAAAACCCCUGUCCAUGAUUCUUUUGAUAGCAAAUUUGACGAAAUGUCGUUUUUAGGCCUGUGGCUGCUGCGCGAAGAGACCUCCACCCAUCUGUACUUUCACUCGCCGAUCACCGCCAUCGACCACCACGUCAGCCAAUCGGUGGCGAUCGUCGGAACGCAGAGCGGCACGGUUAAUGUGAUCAACACGGCCUCGCCCGAGCACCAGCUCCGCAAGAUCUCUCUUCUGCCGCCGCCCGGCGUCAAAUCGACGACCGUCACCGCGGCGGGCACUUCGACGGAGCCGGAGGAGGAGGAUGACGUGGCGAACUGCGUGGAGAGCCUGGCGAUGGCGCCCUCGCAUCCCUGGUUCGCCGUCGGACGCAACGACGGAUCCAUGUGCAUCUACGAGAUGGACUCGAAUGCGCCGAGAAGCAUUUUCCAGUCGAAUCAGAUGAUGGUAGGCCAGCAUUUUCAAAAACUUAGAAGAAUUUCGGAUCGGAACUGCUCUUUCACACAGUUUUGUAUUCUAUCAAUUUUUAUGGCUCAAGCACACUAAAAUUGCAGAAAUUGGAAAAUUUUGAUGAUUACUCGCUUAUUUUGAUACUCGCAGUCCCCUGCCACCUUAAACUGCCCAAAAUGGUAGAAAUUCACAAAAAAAUAAAUUGCAGGCAAUCGUGAAGGUGAUCUGGUCGAUGGAGGGCAAUACUCCGUACGUGACGGUCGGCUCGAUCGACGGGACCGUCCGAGUGUUCGACGCGCGCGACAGCUCGCUGCUCAAGGAACUGCACAACGGCGGCGACGAGGUGCUCGACGUGCUCGUGAUGCAAUCGAAUCCCCAUCGGAUCAUGACGGCCGGCAGCGGCGGAAUCGUCCGUGUUUUCGAUUUGAACUGA